CAAUAAGGGGGCUCCAGGCUUAGGUGCGGGCGAGGUCGCGUGGCUAGCUUCAGCUGGACGCUGGGCACGUUGCAGCCAACCGCCGGCACUCGCACGUCCACCAGCUGCGUAGGCGCGCCCGGAAGUGCUCGGCCUGGGAACAUGGCGGCGUCUGCGAGCGGCCUGGGAGGCGCGGGCCCGGGGCCGGAUGCUGGGGACUUCCUGGCCAGGUAUCGGCAGGUGUCGAACAAGCUGAAAAAGCGGUUCCUGCGGAAGCCUAAUGUGGCGGAGGCCGGCGAGCAGUUCGGACAACUGGGCCGAGAGCUGCGUGCCCAGGAGUGCCUGCCUUACGCGGCCUGGUGCCAGCUGGCGGUUGCGCGCUGCCAUCAGGCGCUCUUCCACGGACCCGGGGAAGCUCUGGCCCUCACCGAGGCCGCCCGCCUCUUCCUGCGGCAGGAGCGCGAUGCGCGCCAGCGCCUCGUCUGCCCAGCCGCCUACGGGGAGCCGCUGCAGGCAGCAGCCAGCGCCCUGGGUGCUGCUGUGCGCCUGCACCUUGAGUUGGGCCAGCCGGCCGCUGCCGCCGCCCUCUGCCUGGAGCUGGCCGCCGCCCUGCGCGACCUGGGUCAGCCGGGCGCUGCCGCUGUCCACUUCCAGCGCGCCGCUCAACUUCAGCUGCCCCAGCUGCCCCUGGCCGCACUGCAAGCACUCGGCGACGCCGCCUCCUGCCAGCUCUUGUCGCGCGACUACAAUGGCGCCUUGGCGCUCUUCACGCGCAUGCAACGCCUAGCGCGGGAGCACGGCAGCCACCCGGUGCAGCCGCUGCCGCCGGUCCCACUGCAGCCGCAGCCUCAGGUACAGCCGCAGCCGUUAGGCCUCCAGCAUGGACUCGGCGCGUCCCCAGCCCUGCAGGCUGCGCUGCUCCCUCCGAAUGCUGGCUCUGCGGCCGCACCCUCUCCCGCAGUACUGGGCGCCUUCUCAGACAUCCUUGUACGCUGUGAGGUAUCCCGCGUGCUGCUGCUGCUACUCCUGCAACCACCACCCGCCAAGCUCCUCCCAGAGCAUGCCCACACCUUGGAGAAGUACUCCUGGGAGGCUUUCGACAGCCAUGGGCAGGAGACCAGUGGCCAGCUUCCCGAGGAGCUCUUUCUGCUGCUCCAGUCCUUGGUCAUGGCUACCCACGAAAAGGACACGGAAGCCAUCAAAUCGCUGCAGGUGGAGAUGUGGCCACUGUUGAGUGCCGAGCAGAACCACCUCCUUCACCUCGUUCUGCAAGAAACCAUCUCCCCCUCAGGACAGGGGAUCUGAUGGCUCAUACUAACCAAGUGACUUUUCGCCUGUUACCAGACCUCAUGCAUCUGCCUUUGCUUUUGGGGGAAAAUAAAACACAUUGAUCACAGCAGUUCUACCUUGGUUUAGCUUAUUCUCUUGCUACCAUAAAGAUUUAUUCCCACAGCAGUGGGAGAAAAAGACAAUAUGAAAAGAUCGUAAUAGAACACAUGCCUCGCUUCCCUAAAACUGCAACAUAAAUAUGAGAAUCCUUUUAUCUAUCCAUUUCCUCUUCCACCCGUUGCCCUGCCCCUAUCCUCCCACCCCUCAGUCUUCAUUUCAUUGUCAGGAUUUUAUUUUGCACAGCUGUCAAAUAUUUAAGCUAUGUGAUUUUUAAAAAAUUGUGACUAAUUUCUUGGUGUAUUUGUAUAUCUGGCUAUGUGAUCACCCAUUUCUUUGUUUUAUCCACCCCAUAUGUGUUGGUGGGAAUCAUUUCAUUCUUACAAUAAUUAUUAUACCCCUAAAUCCAUGAUAAAGCCAUUACAAUACUAAUUUGUGGUUUAGAUAUCCUUAAUGUAUAAAAUGGGUAUAACAUCUACCUGUUAAGAGUCAGAAAGCAGAAACAGUUCUUUUUUAGUUUUGAGAUGUAUUUAUGUAUUUGAAAUUGACAGUGUGCCUAGUGUGUGGGCUAUGCCAGACAAGGAAUCUAGAGAGAUAAUUUGUGAUGUGGUUCUUACUGAGACAAUAUCAAUACAAAUGUAUCUAGGUUAAGGUUGGGUUGGGGGUAAUUUGGGGUCUUCUGCAACUCUUAUUUAUCUCAAAUAUGUAAAAUCAGCAUGGUUCUUUGGUGUGUGAUUAUUUAUAUGCAAGCCAGUGUAGUUGUUCCUCAAGACCGCAAUGGCGGUCCAUUUUAAAACACCAAAUUUCCAAGGCUUUUUGGUUCAAAUGUUACAUGCAAACCCACUUAGCUGCUUUUUAAAAAAAUUCAGUUUUAUAUUCUUAACAGUUUCAAAAGUGAUAAGAACUCUGCAGAGUAUAAUCUCAAUCAUUCAGCUUUGGGAAAAUGCAUUUUUUAAACUGAAGUUGUAUAUAGUAUAAUCUUUUAGGAUGGAUCUAAGGACACAGUUUGGGAGUAGGUUUUUGUUUUGAAGCUUUUUGGGGGAGUGGGUAUGUGGACAGUUGUCACUAUGAGUUAAGUGCCCUAAAAUGGGUGGGACUUUUGGGGUAUUCUUUUGUACUUAUGUUUCAACAGUGUGGAAGCAAUAAGUGAGGAUCUACAGGACACACCUAUUUGAGACAGAUUGAGCCAUGAUUCCUGUGCUUUCACUUGGCUGCCAAGAAAGGUCCUUUGGAGCCCAAAAAGCCUAGUCCAGUUUACUGAAAAAGUGGUAAGUUUCCAUGCUCCUCUGUGCUUUUGCUUUUUCUGAACACUCCUCUCACCUUGGGCUGCAAGCCUGGCCUGCUGCCUUACUGUCUCAUGACAGGAAUGCUUAAGAAUUAUGUGAUAGUAUUUGGAUUUGGGCUUAAGAAAAGUCCUUCUUAGGCCUCUGAUCUAAACUUGAAUUGAGGAGGUGGGUGGAGGGGAUUACCAGAGAGGCAAGUAUUUGGAUACACAAGUAUAAUUUUAGGAAGCACUAUAGACUGUUUUCCAUUUGCCAUUGCCUCAUUUAUUUAUGUCCCUCAGAAAUUUUAUCGUAGGGAUAGCUGGACCUAGGUUGGAUUUCAUUGCUUUUGACAGAGUUCUGUUGCUACAUACCAACUUAAUAUAAAAAUUAACACUGAUUUCUAACAUGACCAAAAAAUAAAUAUUUUAAAGGACA